AUGUCGGGGCUGCCCGUCCGUGGGACCACACCAGGACCCUGUGCCUCUCCUAGGAAGAGUCAUUUUCAUGGAGCUAUUGGGCCAAUAAUGUUUAUUUCACCUCUUACAGCAUUGUUGUUUGUGAUAGAAGUUGUUUCAGUUUGUGACAUUCCAUCCCCUCAGUGCCGUCAGAAGACAGGACCAGAAAAUCUGCCAUCCCAAACAGACAAAUGUAAACUGAAUUAUUGUCAGUAUGAUGCAGAUAUGAAAGAAGAACAUAAGCAGUAUUCUCAGAGAGUUGCAGAAAAGAAGAAAGAACACCUCCAGUGUCCAGAUGCUUCCAUGAAGAUAGCAAAGCACACUGUGCUUAUUGCUUUUCAGAGAAAAGGUUUGAUGUAGAGCAAUGAAUUUACUGAUUUUACUUCUCUUGAUGAGAAAGCUCUCCUGCAACAGUGCUACAGAAGCAAGCCCUAUAAUAUGCAGCACAGUAUAAGGAAAAGAGAAGAUCUAAGUAUUUUUUUUUCAUUGCAGGAGGAUGUUGCUGCAGAGAGGAGAAAACAGGCCAUAGUAGAACAAGUGAUGGUGGAUCAGUUAUGUAGAGCUGUUGUAAGUGACCCAGAGCAGGCCACACACCUGAUGUUUGCAAGGAAGCUCAAGGACCUGGGACUUGGAACAGCACCAGUGAGUUUUAGAAAAAGAACACUGCAUGAAACAAAGUGAAGACUAACUGAAAACAUGCUCUCCAACAAGCUACGCUUUGAUAGUAGGAUUAUAUCAAGAAAUGGUCACGAUGCUUGUGGAGAGUUGAUUGGAUUUUUUUUUUUUUUUGCAUGUGACAGAUCCCUUGCUGUGUAUGAAUUUUGACAGUUUGGGAAAAACAGAACAAAUGCCUUGUCUUUCAUUCAGAAGGGAGUUUAUGAACAUCAAUGUGGACCAAGGAAGGGAAAAGCUUAUGGUCUUCAUGAUUUCUGCAUUGCUUAUAUGAAACUAGAUUUCAACAAAACUUGGAUUGCGCCUAUGGUGGAUGUCAGAAAAUGGUGCUGUGGACAGAAAUAUCCUCUAGUAUUGGCAGGCAAAGCUGCAGAAGAAGAAAUUAAAUCGUCAUUUCUAGAAUAAUUAGGAGAGUCCUGCAGCAACCCCAAUGAAGUGUCCUAUUCUGAAUUUAAAGAUUACUAUGAAGGAUUAAGUUUUGGAAUCAUGGAUGAUGAUGAUUUUGUUAAUAUCUUAAGGAACCCUUGGGAAAUUUAG